UUGUCGGCGACAGAGAAGCGAAGGGUCCCGUGGUGAGCGCUGCAGAGCCGUGUAGUGUGUGUCAGCUUUCAUUCUGAGAGAGACUCGAGCGCGCAGCAGCCAGUCAGACAAACCCGUCAAAUGGCACGACUGAAGCACACGGACUCCCAUUAGAGCCGGAGAUCACCCAACAGUUAUCUCCAUGCACUUGUAUGGGCAGCAUGCCUCUGUUGAGGUCGUUUUGAAGAUUGAUAUUUUCACGUGAAUAGCGGUUUAAUUGCCUGAAAGGAGAACUUUAAUCAGUUUAUUUGAGCACGACCCCCGUUCAGCGUGAUUAAGUGCUGGAUAAACAUCAAAUUGAUUACAUAAGUCUCACAGACAUGGAGGACAUGAAAUUGCGAGUAUCACCUCAGUCCGGUCUGGAAAGGACCUGCGUUCAGCAUCCUUGCCAAAAGCGCCCUUUGACGAACUGGAAGGACGCGUGUGGAAUCUGCGUGUGUUUGAUCUCGUUUGGAGUUUGUGUGUUGCUCUACCUGAGGACGUCAGAUCUGCAGUCCAGGGUGCUCAGUUUGGAAAAGGACAGAGAUCCUCGUAUCUCCAGUUGGAUCUCUGUGGAACAGGUGGAGCCCGUCCUGUGGAGUCGACUGGAUCAGAUAUUAGAGGAGAAAUUAGCAGCACGUCUACCGAAGAUCCGGGCGGCUCGGGAUGCACCUCAUAACUGCAUCUGUCCUCCAGGACCUCCCGGUUUGAGGGGAAAGAAAGGCCGUGAUGGGGCUUCAGGUCCUCCUGGUCCACCUGGACGAGCAGGCUUUCCGGGAGACAAAGGAUCAAUGGGCAUUCCUGGAAGAAUGGGCUUAAAGGGAAACCUGGGGGAGAAGGGAGCGCCAGGAGAGCCAGGUCUUUCUAUCAUUGGCCCACGAGGACCUCCUGGACAACCCGGUACUAGAGGAUUUCCAGGCUUUCCGGGCCCCAUCGGCUUGGACGGGAAACAUGGACAGAAUGGUCAAAAGGGUGAUAUGGGUCCUCGUGGUCCUAAAGGAGUACCAGGUGAACCUGGUCCAAAAGGAGAGAAGGGUGUAUGUGGUGACUACACUCACAGGCAGAUGUUGCCCAUCACCGUCCGCAACAUGCCCUCAAUAAGCCCUCUAAUCCUAAAGCGCCUCAAGCAGGGCGAGCCCGGAGCGCAAGGACCACCGGGACCUCCUGGCCCCCCAGGGCCUCCAGGGACUCCUGGCAUAACUGGUGUUAGUGGGCCCCCGGGAAAACCCGGAGAACCUGGAAAACCUGGAAAAGACCCAAGGAUGCUUCCAGGGCUAAAGGGUGAACCUGGUGUACCUGGACAAAAGGGUGAUCGUGGUGAAGCUGGUCCAAAUGGACCUGAAGGCCCCAAGGGAAUUAAAGGAGAUGAAGGAAUGAAGGGUGAACCAGGGAUGGAUGGGCAAAGAGGAGAGAAGGGGGAGAAGGGAGAGCCUGGUUUCGCAGGCACCCCUGGACGAAAGGGUCAGGCAGGUGUUUCUGGUAUCCCUGGAAAACGGGGCUACAAGGGAGAGAAAGGCGAGCCUAGUGCUGCAGGAACUGGCAUUAAAGGAGAACCAGGUGUCCCAGGACAAGCUGGGCCCAAGGGUGAGAAAGGUGAUCAAGGCAUAAAGGGUGAUCCUGGCCGGGAAGGCCCAUCUGGACCAAGGGGUCCACCUGGGGAGCCAGGAAAAACUUUAAUCAACAACAAUGAAAAUGAUAUUCGCAAUGUGCAUUUAAUGGGCCCUCCUGGUCUGCCUGGACCUCCAGGGCUUCCUGGCACCCCCGGUUUGAAGGGUGAUGUAGGACUUCCAGGUCCCCCUGGUCUUGAUGGGGAAAAGGGUCCAAGAGGAAAGCCAGGAGAACAGGGACCCAUCGGCCCUCCUGGACUUGAGGGACCACGGGGAGAAGGAGGAGUCAUGGGCUUGCCUGGGACAAAAGGAGACAAGGGAGACAUGGGUCCCUCAGGAUCACCUGGUCAAAAAGGUGAACCUGGGGAGAAAGGGGAUAAAGCAGAGCUGGUCUAUGGGCCCGCUGGACCUGCAGGACCUGCUGGGCCAGUUGGGCCAAUGGGACCUCCAGGUUUGUCAGGACCAAAGGGAGAACCAGGAAUAGGCCUGAGAGGAGAGAAGGGAUCACCUGGACAGAAAGGAGAGAAAGGAGACAGGGGCCAUCUUGGACUCCCUGGGGCUCAUGGUUUAGACGGCAGACCUGGUCAAGUGGGUCUGAUAGGACCAGCUGGAGUGCCUGGGCCUGCAGGACCAAAAGGAGAAAUGGGGGAAAAGGGUGAUAUGGGAGUAGCUGGACCAAUUGGGCCUCAAGGCAUCCCUGGUUUAGUAGGACCACCGGGAUUAAAAGGAAACCGGGGGGAGAGGGGCAAGAAAGGCAACAGGGGGGCCAAAGGGGAUAAGGGAGACCAAGGAGCCCCAGGAUUAGAUGCCCCAUGUCCGUUGGGUGAUGAUGGUUUGCCAGUACCAGGGUGUUGGAAUAAAGGUCAGAAUCCGUUCCAGCUAGCCAAGAAGUAACCCUGUAGUGAAAUCCACAAGCUUCUGGUUUGAUUUCCUUCAUAAGAAACACAAAAACUUGAGAUUUUGGGAGAUCUUUAAGUUUGCCCUGCUCUUUGGUGGCUGUUGGAAGGAUUUUGUUUCCUGUAUAACUGUCCUGUAGUACUGAGAGACUCCAGAGGGCAGCAGAUGUGAGCAGACUGACACUGACUGGACUACAGAAAAGACGAUAUUUCAAAAGCAGUCUGACGUUUCUCCAAGAUUUUACACCUUUUACUUUCUCUUCUAUAUUAUUCACUAUGUGAAAGAAACAUUGUAGCACAUUUUGUUCCUUGUUGAUGAUGAUGUUAAAUAAUGUUUGUGAUCAGAGGAUCCAGCGCAGCUCGUUGAACACGCAGAUGUGGUCUGAGUGUUCUUGUGUUUCCAGACAAACCAAAGAAAGACAAAAUCUUUGAUGAUUCCUGAUUCAAACUAUCACUGCCUUCUGUCGAGAGUUGCAGGUAGAAUGCAACCUCACUUCACUCAUAGUAGUUCACUCAUAGUAUACAUAGUACACCUUUAUUCUCGAGUUUUUAAUAUAUAGCCUAAAUGGAUGUACAUAACCAUCCUGCUUUGCAUUGAGCAUACAUGUAUUACAUUCAUACAACAAUGUUGUUGUGCUUGUACAUAGCAUAAUGUUAUACCUUUAAAAAUGAACAUAGAAUCAGUUAUACAGCUAAAAACAAAGUAAACAUGAGUGGCAAAGUAAACUUUCACGUUUAACUAAUUUGAAAUGCCAGCUAUUAACACAAUCCUUUUACAUGUUACUUUGCAAAAACAGUUUACCAAAAAUGUAAUAGCUGUUUGCAACAGGGCAUUUGAUGGUGUUGCAACAUGCAUGCAACAUUUCACUGCUGUAAACAUACAUGUCAUUGCUGACUCCAUCUGUAUAUUUUGCCAGCUCUUUGAAAUGCAAAUAACUGCAGUUUGUUUGGGUAAAUCUACUCUUACAGAACGGUUGUACUUUUCGGAAAUUAUUGGGGCAGCUAAAGCAACAAAUUUAAACCAGCAGUGACACAUUGGGUGUUUAAUUUAUCAUUGGUACCGCACAUGUUUGACCUUCAGAUAAACUAUUUGUUUAUAUGAAGUUUUUAUGCCUACGUCUGAUUAGAGUAAACAACUUUUUUGACAUGAAAACAUCUCAGGUUACGCAUGUAACCAUGGUUCCCCGAGAAUAUGGAACGAGACGCUGUGUCCUCUAGAGGGCACUAGGGGAACACCUCCAGCGUGACCGUU